UGAGCUAAUGCGAAUAAGUGCAGUUAUAGAUCCCAUUAAUUUAAAAGGCUUAUAUAUUUGUAUGAUAACAUUAAGAAGAUAUGGCGAGCAUAAUAUUAAUAGCUUGCUUAGCUAUAUUGGGUCUAAUCAUUGCUAUAGCGCUAUUUUUAGCCGGUGGAUACUUAUGGUGGAGACAUAAAAGGUCCCAAUUACAGUUUAUUGAACCAAAUGAGGACGAAGAAUCAAGUAGUUAUAGCUUGAGAGCUACGCAGGACAUUGUAGAUUCUGGUAACCCUCCUAGUAAGCCGCAAAUUCCAGUUGCACAAACGAUUACAACUCCUCUACAAAAUAAUAUUAAUCGAAAAUUGAAUGGCUUCUUAAAUCUUAGAACUCCUCUCAUUGGGGGUGGAUCAGUGACUACACCGACGAAAGCUUCAAAUACAUCUGCAUUGGCUGCAAAUGAUGGUACAUCUAAAGAUUCAGCAAAUAAAAGUAUCUCAAUGACCGAUAUGUACCUUGAUAGUAACGAUCCAAGUGAAAAUGUGGGACAAAUACAUUUCUCGUUGGAAUAUGAUUUUCAAAAUACAACACUAAUUUUAAAGGUUCUACAAGGAAAAGAACUUCCAGCUAAAGAUUUGAGUGGCACCUCAGAUCCAUAUGUUCGAGUUACAUUGUUACCAGAUAAAAAGCACCGUUUAGAAACCAAAAUAAAACGAAGAACCCUAAAUCCUCGAUGGAAUGAAACAUUUUACUUUGAAGGCUUUCCAAUACAAAAACUUCAAUCGCGUGUACUUCAUUUGCAUGUCUUUGAUUAUGAUCGUUUCUCAAGAGACGAUUCAAUUGGAGAAGUAUUUUUACCGCUAUGCCAGGUUGAUUUUGCUGGGAAACAGUCAUUUUGGAAAGCAUUGAAGCCACCAGCUAAGGAUAAAUGUGGAGAACUGCUGUCUUCAUUAUGUUAUCAUCCAUCAAAUUCGAUUUUAACAUUGACAUUGAUAAAAGCAAGAAACCUUAAGGCAAAGGACAUUAACGGAAAGUCAGAUCCUUAUGUGAAGGUGUGGCUACAGUUUGGAGAUAAGCGUGUAGAAAAGAGAAAAACACCAAUAUUUACCUGUACGUUAAAUCCCGUUUUUAAUGAAUCAUUUAGUUUCAACGUUCCAUGGGAGAAAAUCCGAGAAUGUUCUCUGGAUGUUAUGGUUAUGGAUUUCGAUAACAUUGGAAGAAACGAGUUAAUCGGUCGAAUAUUAUUAGCUGGUAAAAACGGUUCAGGUGCCUCGGAAACAAAACACUGGCAGGAUAUGAUCUCAAAACCGAAGCAAACUGUUGUUCAGUGGCAUCGUCUAAAGCCAGAAUAAUUGUAGAAUUGAGAAAAAUGUUCUAGAGUAAAAAAUACGAGAAUUCCAAAAAUUAUUUACGAAUUACAUUUAUGCAAAACGGUUUAGCAGUAUUAAAACAAACUGCACCCUGACUAAGACAACGCACACUUGGCGUAUACUUGAUAAACAUCAAUAAAUAAAGAUAUAUAUUUAAAUAUAUAUAUAAUGUAAUUUGUGCUUGCAUUGUAUACGAUAUAACGAAGGUCUAUAUCACAUUAUUAAUGCCUGAUUAAAAUUAGAUUUUAAGGUGAGCUUGAAGCUGAACGGGAGAUAUUUGCAUAGUGUAAAACAAUAAGGAAAUUGUUACGAUCUAAGGAUAUUGUAAAUUGUAUUUUGAAUUUUGGUCAUUGGUCAUUCAUUGUACCUACGAAAUAGAAUUUGCAGUCCGUGUCAAAAGUCUUAGAUUAGUUUCAAGCUCACUUUUUAAAAAAAAUAAAAUAAAAUGAACAAAUCCGUUAUUCAUACUGGCAAUAAAGUCGAAAUAAUAUGAAUUGUCUUUAAAUUUCAUUAAGUAUUCAUUUGAAUGCAAAUUUUUACAAAUUACAAAUCAAAAAGCAAAAUGAACCUUAUACAUUAAGAGUAAGAAAAGAAAUACAAAUUAUUUAACUGUUGUAGUGUUUUUACAUAUAAAAACACCAUAUUAAUUAGCUUAAAUUAAUUAAUCGGCAAAGUCGUAGAAUAUAUUGUUUAUGCAAAAAAAAUGAGUAAUUCUCGUGGCAAGCGAAUGAAAAGAAAAAAA